GAAGCGCCUCAUUGGCUUGUCAAGACGUCUAGUGAAAUAAAAUGAGUUUCACUGGAAAAUAUGAGAUGGAAAAUGAAGAAAACUAUGACAACUUUAUGAAGCGCCUAGGUCUUCCUCAUGAUACAAUUGAAAAAGGAAGAAAUUUCAAGAUCAUUACUGAAAUAGCACAGAAUAAUGAUGAAUUCACUUGGUCUCAGAUUUAUCCAGGAGGGCAUACUUUGACUAAUACGUUCGUUAUUGGCAAGGAAUCAGAAAUGGAGACAGUAGGAGGCAAAAAAUUCAAGGCAAUAGUUAGAAAAGAAAAUGGCAAACUGAUUGCUGACUUCCCAAACUACCAUUAUACUGCAGAAAUCGCUGGGGAUAAACUUAUUGAGGUUUCUACAGUUGCUGAUAUAACCUUCAAGAGAAUCAGUAAGAAGCUGUCAUAAGAGAUUACUCGGAGAAGAAAUAAUCCAGUCCUUAGCCAUACUGGAAACAAACAAAGUUACAGUAUAUAAAGUGAUAAACCUUUCUUUAAGUCUGUAUUUGCUUUGCAAACAAAUAAAAUAAAUCUUUUACUUCCC